AUGACAGCUUCGUUUGUCGCAGAACUAGACAAAGUUGUUGAAAGGGUUCAAAGUGAAAAGACACCAGAGACAAAGUUCAACGUUUCAGGAAUUGAAACGGUGAACUUGUCAACAAGACUGGCCGAUGCAUCAACGGAUGAAAAACGUAAAGAAGUAACGGAUCCUGUUCAGUGUCAGAGAUCGCCAAGGCCGAAACGAACAAUCAAGCUUCCGGCGGCACUGCGGUCACCGUACGUCGAGCAGCCUGUUAUGUUGAGAACCGUUCAUGAUAAGGCUGAAGAAAUACUUGCUCGAUGUAUAUUUUCUGCAGUAGGAAAUGUAUGGGAUAUUUUGUUCAGCGACAACGGUAACGUGUCGGUUAUGAGGGGGCCUUUUGAAUCGAUGAUGCCUGGUCUGGAAAAAGACUUCGCGUUGUCUGAAGAUGGACGAUUAGCAGAAUUUACGAACAACAUGAAUGCUGUGCUGGAUUCAACAGAACCAAAAGUAUUUAAAGGCAACUUUGAGAUGGUGUUUAUACCUAUGUUGACCGGGCGACAUUACUAUCUGCUGUUUUUCAACUUGAGAACAAGAGAUGUCUUUAUUACUGACAACAUAGAAGGUGCUGCAGGCUUAGAAAGAUACCAAGGAAAUGUGGAGAAGAUGAUAAGUACAUUUUGUCGGUAUCUAAGACCGAUGCAUCCAAAAAUCGCUGCACAGCUAAGGAAUACACAACCAGUUCGACUAGAGUUGCCAUGGCAAACACUUUACAAUGGCAUCGACUGUGGUAUUUUCCUUAUGCGGCAUAUGGAAACUUACAAUGGAACACACGUUGGACAUUGGAUGUGUGGUUUAUCGAAUGAGAGGGACGUUACUGGCUUGGUUUUGCCUGAUCAAGCACGCGAAAUCGAGGAUCUGCGUAAGAAGUACCUCUCAAAAAUGCUCCUAAGCGACAUGAACACGGAACGGGGACAAGUGGAACAAGAAGUACAAGAAUAUGCACUUUUGGACGAGGAUGAUAGGUUGAGAAUGGAAGACAAUGCAAUCAAUCGGAUUGCUGAAAGGUUGGGAGCUGAAGUGUAG